CGAUUUCCACGGGAGAGGGAGGGAGGCGUGUCGAGCCCCAUCUGCCUCGAGUACCACUGCAGUAAUUCACGAUGCAGACGCUUCUCCUCCUCCUCCACGCAUUCACAGCCCUCGUGCCGCAACAGAGCUUCGCUCCAGGGACAAGGAGGCGGCCUGGCGCAGUGAUGGCGGACGUGCUCGUCAAAUUCCCGGGUGGCCGCUCUGCGUCGGUGCCUGAGGGCUCGCCUCUCUCCCUGGCCGCCUAUCGCGCUGGCGUGCAGAUCACCUACCAGUGUAAGGCAGGCACGUGCGCCUCCUGCGAGGUCAAGCUCGGCAUGGGGUCAGUGCGGACGUGCCAGACGACUGUCAAGAAGCCUCUCUUCGGACAGUCGCUCAGCGUCAGCGCAAAGCCCGGCUCAGCCACACGCCUCUGAUCCAUCUCCUGGCAAUCAGUGAGCGAGCGCGGCGGCAAGCGCAGUGAUCACAAAGUGGACCUCGCGCGCGAGCGGCUCCUCGCGGAUUGGCCUCUCGAUCGUACGCAAGUAGCAGAGGGCUGAGCCACGUCUCGCCCCUGCCCUUCUUCUUCUUCUUGGCCUUGCGCUCCUUGGCGCGCUGCUCCGUCUCCUUCUCCGCCUCCUAAUCCGCCAAAAGCCCUUCCGCGUUCCGAUCCGCUGGCUUGUGCUGUGGUUUGGCGUGCAGCCAUGGUUGCAGCGCGCUCGGCGCUCUGUCUCCGGCCACCGCGCCUGCAUGCGUGCGUUCUGCUGCGCAGAGCAGAUAGAAUACGACUCACAUAGACAAACAGAGACAGCGAGAGACUCACGCGACGAUCCGCGGAGUAGAGCAUCGGCCGCCUCGGCCAGAGGGCGGAGGCCCACACCCGUCCGCUCGCGCGCACAGCGGCCCCGUGCAGACCUGUGCGCGCAUCAGCCCACCGUCCGGGACGAGCUGUGCGGUGUUGUCGGCUCGCGGAUUAUCCUCACAAUGAGCGGCGCAAUGC